UCUGAAGAAGAUCUCCAGCUUAAGAAUGAACUGGAGAUGUUAGUUGAACGAUUAAAGGAAAAUGAUGUUAAUCUUCACAGACCGGCUUUAGAAAGUCUUCGUACCCUAAUUCGAACGUCUACCAGCUCGAUGACCUCGGUUCCGAAACCAUUAAAGUUCUUGAGACCUCAUUAUGCUACCGUAACUGAAAUUUAUGAGAGUUGGCCUGAAUCUGAUAACAAGCUCUUUUUGUCUGAUAUUUUAUCUGUUUUGGCGAUGACUUACGAUGAAGGAAAAAGAGAUUCUUUGAAAUAUAGGUUGAAAGGGUCACGUGGAGAUCCGGGAUCUUGGGGGCACGAAUAUGUGAGGCAUCUAUCAACUGAAAUUGGUCAGGAAUACGAAUACCGUCAGGAUAAUGAGUUGCCUUCUGAUGAUCUUAUGGCACUUGCCUUGGAGAUUGUUCCAUUUUUUUUGAAACAUAAUGCUGAAGCGGAUGCUGUUGAUUUGUUACUUGAAUUAGAAGCAAUUGAAAAAUUGCCGGACUUUGUAGAUAAAGAUAUUUAUGCACGC